AUGCGUGCAGCAGUGGUCAGGCAAGUGGGGAGCUCGCCCUACCGGCUGCGCGCCAGCCUGCUCGCCGCGGCAGCGCUGCUGCUUGCUGCGGUGGCGCUUCCGGGGGCCGCCGCCUGGACCGACUGCUCCACAGGGCCAACGGUGUUCAAGGUGUCUGAGGUCGAGCUAGUUCCGACUGUCGUCAAGCCUGGAGACGUGGCCAACUUCACAAUCACAGCAGAAGCGGCCAAGGAGGUGAGGAUGGGCGUGGUGCAGAUGAUUGUCCACUACGCGGGGAUGCCCGUCUGGACUCAGCUGGACAACCUGUGCGACAAGACGGCGGCAGGGUGCCCCGUGCAGCCGGGGCCCGUCCAGGUGCUCUACUCCCAGCUGUUCCCCGCCAUCACACCGCCCGGCUUCUACGACGUCACCCUCAACGGCCACUCGAUCACCGAGGCGCUGUUCUGUGUCAAGGUGGAGUUCCAGGUCGUGCCACCUGGUGCAGAACAGGUGGCCGAGGGCUGGGCGGCGGCGCUGAAGGGCCCAGCACAGCAGCAGGUGCUGAGCACGCACCGCAAGAGCUUGGCAUGA